GACGCCGCGGCGGUCUGUGGGCAAUGGCCCGUGAAGUGGCCAAGUCCGAGAUAGAAGGGCUCGCUGCCUCGCCGGACAAGCCGAAGGCGAAGGUGGACCUCAGCUCGGCCGUGGCGAUGGAGAAAAGCGCGGUCGAGAACGGCGUGCCAGCGCCAGCCUCCGACACCGAGCGCCCGAGCCUCUUCACCCUCAGCAAGGUUUCGAAGGUCCUGGUUCCACCUGGCGCGUCCUACGAGCACCUGGCCUGGGAGAACUACAUCAGCAUGGAGAUCACGGUCAAAGAUGACCAGUUGAAGGUGAAGGAUUCCGAGACGGUUCCCCCGCCUGGGGAGAAGGUGGCCGAUCUUGAGAUGAUGUGGAAGAGCCUGGUGGUGGGAGUGGCAGGUUUUGAAACCUACCGUGCCCUCACCGACAAGUAUGUAGGAAAAAUGAGGGCCGUGGUCCCCGUGGGCAUGAGGAACCCGACCUUGAGUGAGGUUAGGCGGUUCGACCGUGCCCUCCACGAGGAAAUUUUGAAGUGGCUGUGCAGUGUCGGCAGCUUGGAUACUGCCAUCCGAUAUCACCUGGAUGAUGAUACGAUCGCCUUGUGGCGCCUGCUGGAUCCUGUGUUGGAGUCGUUGCCUGACCAGGGUUUGGAGCGCGCCCCGACUGCGGUCUCCCAGGGGAAAGACGGAGGCGGGACCAAGCAAAAGCCAAGGACCCUGGUGAUCCGCCGAAAGCCCUGA